UUGAUGUUUGAACAGUGCAUGUAAUAGACUCAGAGAGAGAUGUGUGUGUGUUCAUGGCUUUUUUGUUUUUUAGGGAAUGAAGAAGAUAUUGAUGGCUUUGAGUGCUUUAUUCCCUUCUCUUUAGUGACUUUGUUGAACUAAAGUUCCCAUUUUAGAUACACCAACAUGCCUUGCAGACUUUCAGCUCACCCACCCAAUUAAACUACUCAAUCUUGAAAAGAAAAAAUCUCAGGUUUUGAGUAGAAGUUCUCAAGCUUUGUUCACUUUGCAACAUUUCUAAUGUGGAAUUUCAGUGAUACUGGUUGUACAUUGGAGGAGUUUAAGCUGGCCAUGGGGAAAACCAAGAGUCAAGCUGAUAUCAAGAAGGAACAUUCAUUUGGUACUGAUUUUAGAUACAAGGAUGAAUGCAAGCUGGGAAUGGGAAAAGCUAAGAACCAAUCAAUUGAUACUGAUUUUAGAUUGAAGGGAUAUGGGCUGGGCUUGGGGAAAACCAAGGCUCAAACUAAUACCAAGUUGGAACAAUCAGUUGAUUUUGAGGUUCAGAGUUCUUUAAAACAAGAGAUUCUGCAACUCGAGAAACGGUUGAAAGAUCAGUUAGGCGAGCGACAUGUUCUCGAACAAGCAUUGGGAUAUCGGUCAUCUGCUAUUGAUUCUACGAUCAACGGCACAACACCAAAGCUUGCUAAAGGAUUGAUAAGGGAGAUUGCGAUACUAGAGUUAGAGGUUAUGCAUUUGGAGCAAUAUCUUCUUUCAUUAUACCGUAAAGCAUUUGAUCAGCAAUCGACUUUAUCUCCUGCUUCUAUCGGAGAGAAAUCAAAGCAAAUGUUGAGAUCAAAGGCCAGAGCUUUUCAAGAAGUUGCCGGAGCUAAUAACUUGUUUGAAGGAGGAAAGCAGGGAUCUGUUUCGCAGAGGAUUCACCAUCCAAGGAAUUUGUCGACCGAUUUUGCGAAUGUAGCUGGUGAUACAUUUGCUGGUCCUGGUGUUCAUCGUUGCCAUUCUGCACUCUCGUAUCGGUCUGCAAGAAUGUCACCUCCACCUGCAAAUCUCACUAGAGUUCUCGAAUCGUUUCACUCUCAACCUUUGACUUAUCUUGAGGAUGGACAAAAUGCAGCUCAAGGAAUAGUAAGCUUAGCAGAAUAUCUCGGCUCGAACAUUGCUGAUCAUGUCCCUGAGACACCGAAUAAAAUUUCUGAAAAUAUGGUCCGAUGUAUGGGAGCAAUUUACUACAAACUUGUCGAUCCUCCUCUUGUCAAUCAUGGACUUUCAUCGCCUACAUCAUCCUUCUCAUCAAUUAGUGCACUUUCUCCCCAGUAUUUGGGAGAUAUUUGGAGUCCUGGCUAUCGGAAAGAGCCGAUCCUUGACUCAAGAUUAAUUAAUCCUUUCCGUGUCGAAGGUCUCAAAGAGUUCAGUGGCCCUUACAAUUCAAUGGUCGAAGUUCCUUUCAUUUGCUGGGAAAGGCAAAGGCUAGGAGAUAUUCAAGACUUGAUGCGUAGUUAUAAAUCACUUGUCGAUCAACUGGAAUCAGUUAGUCUAAGACGAAUGAAGAACGAAGAAAAACUCGCAUUUUGGAUCAAUGUACACAAUGCCAUGAUAAUGCAUGCAUAUCUAGACCAUGGCAUUCCACAAAGCAAUACGAAAAAGCAAUCUUUACCGGCAAAGGCUGCUUAUACCAUCAGUAGUCGUCUUUUAAGCGCCGAAACUAUUCGUGAAACCAUUUUGGGAUGUCAUACACAUUGUCCUAAACAGUGGCUUAGAAUUUUACUUUCACCGAAACUGAAGUUCAAAUCCAGAGAUGAAUGGCAAGGCCAUACUCUCGAUCGGCCGGAGCCUCUCUUGCAUUUCGCACUUUGUUCGGGCAGUCACUCCGAUCCGGCGGUUCGAAUCUAUACACCGAAAAAACUAUAUCAACAACUAGAAGCAGCUAAAGAAGAGUACAUUCGUGCCGCCAUCGGCAUUCAAAACGAGCACAAAAUCAUUCUGCCAAAGAUUGUAGAUUACUAUGCCAAAGACAAAGGCUUGAGUUCACAAGGUCUGGUUGAGAUGAUCCAAAGAUAUCUUCCUGAAAAUCUCCAAAAAGUUUUUCGAAAACUUCAGCAAGGAAAAUCUCAUCAUAAGAUCAUUGAAUGGAUCCCUCAUGACUUAACUUUUCGGUAUUUGUUAUCAAGAGAACUGGUUGUUGCUCACUAAUUUGACAUUGUACCACUAUUUUUUUUUUUUUUACUCUUCAUUUCUUUUAGAUGCACAGAGGAAAUGUUUACAUGCAGAGUGGCUAACAUUGUAUUCA